AUGGCUGAUACAGUAGCUUUAUGUGGAACAUGUGAGAGACGUUUUAAAAACUUGAGGGGCGUCAGAAUUCAUCAGUCAAAAGUGGCUGCUUGUCGUAACCAACCAGAUCUUGUAGAAGGACUGGAGUUGGAACCAGUAAUUUUAAUAGAACAAAGGAGAAGAGCGGUAAAUAUUCCAGUUCCUAUCCCAGGGCAAGGACUAUUACAACUACCAGUGCAGAGACCAGCUCAGAGACCAGCUCAGAGACCAGUUCAGAGACCAAUGCAAAUAACAAUGUGGAAUUUCCCGUACCAUGUAAUUGCUUUUUUCUUGGAGAUUAUCGCCUUUGGGUUCUUUUUGAUGGAUCGUAUCAGCUUUUUUAUGGCCGGUUAUUUUUUGACCUCUUGCUAUUUCAACGAGGCUUGCAAUCCUGGAUUUAAUGUGACUCCUUUACUCAUCAUUUAUGUGAAGGAAUUGAUAGAUCAGUUAAUUCCUUACACUAAAAUCGUAGUCGGGAUCUGGACAAGCUUAAAUAAUUCCUUUCAUUGGACUGUAAGAAGCGUGAUUCGAGCUUAUAACUGGACUACGGAAUUCUUAAAUCGAUCUUUUGAUUGGGUUUUGGACACUAUAGUCCGAAUUUUUAAUUGGAUCUGGAGAGGUUUAACUCGUGCCUUUGAUUGGAACUUUGGAAGACAACUACCAAAUUAA